AUGGGUAUUAGUGAUAGACUGUGUAAUCCUGAAUAUGCAAGAGUGGGAGGAGAUAGAGAAACUGGAAGUGCAAGGAAGGAAUUAAUAGCUGAAGCGGUUCUUCCUGGUUGCUGCGGCAUAUUUGGAGGUAAACCUAAGGCACUAGAAGCACCAGAAAAUGGGGUUAUGUCAGAACACCUAACAACCAACGGAAAUCACGAUAAUGUGGAUGGAUCGAGACACUCAGAAGUCAGUGCUUCAUCAAUAUACUCAUCAAGCGAUAAUGAGAUGUCGCCUUUUCACUCAGAUGGCCAUCCUGCGGAUCCGCACUUCCACUCAGUUAACAAUUAUCCCGAUCCCCCAUUACACUCAGGUGAAUAUCCUCCGAAUUCUCCAUUACACUCAGAAGACAGUCAUCCGGCUUCUCCAUUACAACAUAAUAAUUAUGCUAAUCCUCCACGCAACCUAGGAGGCGGUAAUAUGGCUAUGCCAUUAUACCAAGGAGGCAGUAAUGGGGCUCAGCCAUUACACCAUAAUAAUGGUGCUCCUUCGCCACCAACCCUAGGAGGCGGUAAUGGGUCUAUACCUUUAUACCGAGGAGGCAGUAAUGGGGCUCAGCCAUUAAACCAUCAUUAUGGUGUUUCUCAGUCAGGAAACCUAGGAGGUGGUUAUGGGGCUCAGCCAUUAUACCAAGAAGGCGGUCAUGGGGCUCAGCCAUUAAACUAUAAUAAAGGAGUUCCUCCGUCAGGAAACCUAGGAGGUGAUUAUCGGGCUACAGCAUUACACCAAGGGGGCGGUCAUGAGGCUCAGCCAAUAAACUAUAAUAAUGGUGUUCCUCCGCCAGGAAACCUAGAAGGUGGUUAUAGGGCUACACAAUUACACCAAGGAGGUGGUUAUAAGGCUCAGCCAUUACACUAUUAUAAUGGUGUUCCUCCGCCACGAAACCCAGGAGGCGGUUAUGGGACUACACAAUUUUCCGAUAGAGGCGGUUAUGGCAUUCCGCCAUUAGCCCAUGGAGGUGCUCAUGGGGGUUCCCAAUUUCCCCAUGGAGGCACUUAUGGGGGUCCGGCAAUUCCCUUUGGAGGAUUUCAUGGGGGUCCGCAAUUUCCCCGUGGGGACGCUUAUGAGGGUCCCCAAUUACCCCAUGGAGGCGCUUAUGGGGGUCCGCCAGGAAACCAAGAAAACCCUCCUACGCCUAAAAAAGAACACAGAGUUGGAAUCUUUUUAAGUGACAGCCCAUCAUACGAAGAACGUCAUAAAACGUAUAACAAAUUGCCAGGACACAUAACCUGGGGAAAUCAUUAUAUGUAA